CGAAAAUGCAUAAAGUGCACUGAAGGCAGCAGUGGAGCGAGCACACAGGUGCAAGCCGGGAAUGGGUCAGGACCAGGAGGAGUUUGCACUCUUAUAGAAUUGGAUAUGGUCUCCCCGAGCUUUUGGUCAUUGCGUUCCAAUUUGAAUGCAAACAUAGUCAUGUUUGCCAGAACAACGUGUCUGCUUCACGUCGUGCUGUCGCUCUCCAAACUGGUUCGCUGCAUGGAAAGUGAACUCUGCUUCCCGUUCAUUCUGGACACCCAGCAGCAAUAUAACGACAACGACGUGGAUACUCUCCACGGCAAAUGCGUGCUAAGAAUUCAAGCUUUCCACCAGGAAUUAGUGGUGGAUUUACGGCAAGAUUCCAACUUCAUCGGCCCUUCCGUGUCCAGCCAAGACGCACCGUGGCUCUUCGGUCCGGACGUCACCAUUGAGCUGAGUCGGUGUUUUUACUCCGGCUAUGUGAACGGUGACCGCUUUUCGUACGCAGCCUUAAGUUUGUGCAAGGGGGUGCAAGGUGCAUUUGGCUACCAAGGUUGGGAGUAUUUCAUCAGCCCGGUGCGCAAUGACACCGCGAGCGCGGACGGCGCGCACGUCAUCCGGCGCAGAAGCAGCAGCAACCUCAAGUCAAAUUCCACCUCCAGGUGCGCAGUGAACAAUGACAUAAGCCAUCACGUCGCGCAGAUGUUGGGAAAAUACAAAGAUAACAGCGAUGCGACCAAAAGUACGCUGAAGGGGACGGGGAGAAGCAAACGCUUUGCGUCGGUUCCCAGGUACGUGGAGACGCUGCUGGUGGCGGACCAGACCAUGGCUGAGUUCCACGGAAACGACCUUAAACAUUACCUGUUGACGCUCAUGUCAGUGGCGGCGAGGCUCUACAAGCAUCCGAGUAUCCUCAACUCCAUCCACAUCGUCGUCGUGAAGAUUUUGGUCAUAUCCGAGUUGGACAAAGGACCCAAAGUGUCCGGGAACGCCGCUCUGACGCUCCGGAAUUUUUGCACUUGGCAAAAAAAGAUGAACAAGAACAGCGACAAGCAUGCAGAAUAUUGGGACACGGCAAUCCUCUUCACGAGACAGGACUUGUGUGGGGCUUCAACAUGCGACACCCUUGGAAUGGCCGAUGUUGGCACCAUGUGCGACCCCAAGAGGAGCUGCUCUGUGAUCGAAGACGACGGCUUGCCGUCUGCCUUCACCACAGCUCACGAGCUCGGACACGUCUUCAACAUGCCGCACGACAACGUGAAGGCCUGCGAGGACGUGUUUGGCAAGCUGCAGGACAAUCACAUGAUGUCUCCCACGCUCAUUCAGAUUAAUCGCACCAGCCCGUGGUCGCCCUGCAGCGCUGCCGUCAUCACUGAGUUCCUGGACAAUGGCCACGGGGAGUGUUUGCUGGACCAGCCUCAGAAACCAUUAGGCCUCCCGAACGUGCUUCCCGGAGCAUCUUACCUCCUCGAGCGACAGUGCGAGCUUGCAUUCGGCGAAGGUUCCAAGCCCUGUCCCUUCAUGCAGCCGCCGUGCAUUCGCCUGUGGUGCACCGGCAAGUCCAAUGGCCAGUUGGUGUGUAUGACUCGCCACUUCCCCUGGGCGGACGGCACCCACUGCGGAGAUGGCAAAGUUUGUGACCGAGGCAUCUGCGCUUCCAAAGAGGACCGCACUUUGAAGGUGGACGGUCGCUGGGGUAAGUGGGGAACAUUUGGUUCGUGCUCACGCACAUGUGGAGGUGGCGUCCAACUGGCGAAAAGGGAGUGCAACAACCCAGUUCCCUCAAACGGGGGGAAAUACUGCCAAGGGGUUCGGGUCAAAUACCGCUCCUGCAACCUGAACCACUGCCCUGACACAGGCAAGACUUACAGGGAAGAGCAAUGUGAGUCCAGCGGCCGCAGUUUCAGCAGUAAUCAUAUCGCCCCCUCUGUGGUUUGGGUGCCCAAGUACUCUGGAGUGAGCGUCGACGACAGAUGUAAACUCAUCUGCAGGGCCAAUGGAACGGGCUACUUCUACGUUAUGGCACCUAAGGUUGUGGAUGGAACGCCGUGCUCGCCGGACUCCACGGGAGUGUGCGUUCAAGGUAAAUGCAUCAAGGCCGGGUGUGAUGGAAAAAUUGGAUCAACCAAGAAGUUUAACAAGUGCGGAAUCUGCGGCGGCGACAACAAGAACUGCAAGAAGGUGUCGGGACUCUUCACCAAGCCUUUGCACGGCUACAACUUUGUGGUGAUGCUGCCGGUGGGCGCAACUAACAUCGACAUCCGUCAACGCGGCUACCAAGGAAUGCUGGGGGACGACAACUACCUGGCGGUGAAGAACAGCGAGGGUCGGUACCUCCUUAACGGCGACUACGUGGUGUCGGCCGGCGAGAGGGACAUCAUCGUGAAGGGCAGUCUGCUGCGCUACAGCGGCACCACCGGCCUCUCGGAGACCCUCCAGUCUGUGAAUCCCUUGGGGGAGACGCUCACCGUGGAAGUGCUGUGCGCGGGCAAUUUGACGCCCCCCCGCAUACGCUACUCCUUCUACCUGGCCCGUCAGAACAACAAAGAGGACAAGACUCUGACAAAGGAGGAGCAAGCGAAAUCCCACAACAGCGUCCUGGCUGACGAUAGCGUGAAGGAGAGGGGCGCGGCGACUUUGAAGAAACCGUACAGCAAAGAGGAGCCUCUUCUCGUGAAAUGGACAUCGGCGAACUGGGACGAGUGCUCGGUCAGCUGCGGCAACGGUUUCCAAAGGCGGAUGGUGCAAUGUCUGAGGACGGACGGCAAGCCGGGAAUGAACUGCGAUCCUUCCAAAAGGCCGUCAGCCACCAGAGCUUGCGGAGACCCGUGCCCGGAGUGGCACGCCGGCCAGUGGGCGCCGUGCUCCGCAACCUGCGGGAAAGGUUUUAAGAGACGACCGCUGCACUGCAAAGCCCAAACCGGACAUUUGCUUCCCAGGGACCACUGCGGUGGCUUACGCAAACCACAGGAGCUGGACUUCUGUAACCGAAAGCCUUGCUAGGGACUUGAAAAGCUUUAUUAUGACAGAACUUAAUCCAGCAGCUCAUUUCCACACACUCUCUCCCGCAUCAUGAGACACUUGCAGAGAACACCCCCCCUCCCCCCCAAAUGGAUGGCGCAAUGUAUUUUCCCCACCAUUGAAACUCAACCACCUGAAUCCACUGCAGACAGCAGAAUAACAUUCUACAAAGUUACUAUGAAGCCAAAUAAAAGGUUCAAUCACUUUAGCCGUCAGCUUGGAGUUGACAAAUAUGUUAGUGAAGCAACGUGUCUUAUGAAUCUGAAACCCAUUUUAUGUCAUACUUUUUUGAUCUAUUAUUUUUUUCAUGGUCUUUUUUUAAGAGAGUUGUGUAGCCUGCCGCGCGCAUUCAAACAAUGACAACAUCGGGAACUUUUCCUCUCUCCAAAUUAAUCCUGCAAUAGAUUUCGAACAAAUCACAAAUCCAUUUUCUAAUUAGUGAGGGUGUUGUUUUAGUUCAACGACGACACCUUUCACGCCCCGCCACAUCGUUGAUAGAAAGCCACAAACCACAUGAAAUGCCCGUGCUGUUGAAAUCAAUUUUGGUGGAAUUUUCUGCCCGACCUAUUCACCAUCAGUCGCUGCCAAAGAUACCACACCACUCUUUCUGUGCACUCAGUUAAAUCUUGUCUUACUUUUAUAUUCUUGUUAUAUUUGUAAGAAAAAAGAAAAAAAAAAAGGCCCACGUUGUC